AUGGACGCAUCUCGAGUGGUAACGCUAUAUCUGGGCCUGCUCCUUGUUUUCCUUGGGAAUAUACCGUGUUUCCAAUCGGCUGCUAUCAUCUCUCCCUCUGCGCCAAGGAGGAACAGGGGAGCGAGAAUCCUUCAUCAGGACGGACAGAGGUCAUCCAAAUUCUUAAAAGACAUCUUCGCGUCGUCGCAUCCUAUCGUGGAGCUCCACAAAGAAGACCCAAAGGACUCUAUUGUGCCGCAUGAAUACAUGCUCUCCAUAUACAGGACAUACUCGGCUGCAGAGAAGCUCGGACUAAACGCAAGCUUUUUCCGCUCCUCGAAAUCUGCCAACACCAUAACAAGUUUUGUGGACAGAGGAACAGACGAUCUUUUGCACUCUCCUCUGCGAAGACAAAAGUAUCUGUUUGAUGUCUCAACCCUUUCAGACCAAGAGGAGCUGGUCGGGGCGGAAUUAAGGAUAUUCCGGAGGGCGCCCGGGGAUCCGCAGGCCUCCCUGCAGACCACGGGCCUCUACGACGUCCAGGUCUACCCCUGCCGCUCGGACCGGCUGCUGGACUCCCGGACCCUGGACCCGCUCGAUUCCACCAAAGCCGGCUGGGAGGUUCUGGACGUGUGGGAAACGUUUAAACAGCACUACCAGCAGGGAAACCAGCUCUGCCUCCAGCUCAGGGUCACUCUCAGCAAGUCCGACACCGAGGUGGACCUGAGGCACCUGGGGCUGGACAGGAGCAGCCGGUCCCAGCAGGAGAAGGCCAUCCUGGUGGCCUACACCCGCUCCAAGAAGAGGGAGAACCUGUUCAACGAGAUGAAGGAGAAGAUCAAGUCGCGGAGGUCGGUGGGCGAGAAGGAUGAGGCGGCGGCGGCGGUGAGGGCCGCAGAGAAGCAGGGGGGGCCGCCGAGGGUCGUGAGAGGAGGGGAGGGACCCCGGCGCCGGCGCAGGACCGCGCUGAGCAACCGGCACGGGAAGAGGCACGGGAAGAAGUCCAGAUCCCGCUGCAGCAAAAAGGGGCUGCACGUCAAUUUCAAGGAGCUGGGCUGGGACGACUGGAUCAUCGCGCCCCUGGAUUACGAGGCGUACCACUGCGAGGGGGUGUGCGACUUCCCGCUGCGGUCACACCUGGAGCCCACCAACCACGCCAUCAUACAGACGCUCAUGAACUCCAUGGACCCCAACAGCACCCCGCCCAGCUGCUGCGUGCCCACCAAACUCAGCCCCAUCAGCAUCCUGUACAUAGACUCGGGCAACAACGUGGUGUACAAACAGUACGAGGACAUGGUGGUGGAGCAGUGCGGGUGCAGGUAG